GCAGUGAUGAGAUGAUCAGUCUCAGGUGUGUCUGAAAACUGGCUUCUGGCAUCCACAGCUUUACCUGCAAAACAGACACACCAAAUCCAUAACAAAUGUUUGCAUUAUUUCUACAACCACACCCUCCAACCCUAAGGUGCACCAAUCCUGUGUCCUGCAAACAGGACACAGGAAAAAAAAAAGAAACCAAAAAAAGAAAACUGCUUAACUGUCAGAAGUCUGCACACUUCUAGGAGACAUUUAGUUUUGCUGGAUGUGAUUAAUUGAGAAGUGGAUUUACUCUGAAGUCAGGCUGAAACUGAUGCAUGUCCAGCAUAAUGAUCACCCUCAAGAUGUUCCUUUUUCUGCUGUCUGUUGCUGCCAUUUGGUUUUUUAUAAGUCAACAAUUCCUUGCAGCUGACUGGCUGCAGUUUCAGGAUCAAAGGUUGUGUGCUUGUGAGAAAUGUUUAUUGGAAGAUCCACUGUUGCUUAACAGUAGUUUUAACAGUUCUGUUGAGCCAUUUUUGUGUGCAGAGCACAACCUCACUGAGGAUGCUUUCUACUGGUGGAAGGAAAUACAGCUUGAAGAGCGUAACUUCAGUGUCUAUGAAGCAACAGUGAAGAAGAUAUUUGAAAUAAUUCCACCCAGACCAGAUCUUCCAGAACCCAGACCUGAUCGCUGCCGGACUUGUGCAGUUGUGGGGAAUUCUGUUAACCUGAAAAGAUCUCAUUAUGGACCUCUGAUAGAUUACCAAGAUGUCGUCAUAAGGGUGAAUGCUGCUCCCAUCAAAGGCUAUGAAGCAGAUGUUGGGAAUAGAACGACCCAUCAUGUCAUGUAUCCAGAGAGUGCUGUGGAUUUAGAUAACACUACUCAUCUUGUUCUGUUUCCAUUCAAAAUAUCUGAUCUUAUGUGGCUCAUCAAGGCAUUCACAACAGGAUUUUCUGGAGUGUCAUAUGCACCUAUAAAAUCCAAAGUACAAGCUAACAAGGAUUUGGUGAUGGUGCUCAGUCCGGCUUUCAUGAAGUACAUUCAUGACAUGUGGCUGGAAAAGGAGGGCAGCUAUCCAUCCACUGGCUUUAUGGCUUUAAUUCUAGCACUCCACAUUUGUGAUGAGGUCCAUGUGUUUGGUUUUGGAGCAGACAGCAAAGGAAGAUGGAGCCAUUACUGGGAAAAACUUAAAGACAAAGAGUUUAAAACUGGACCACAUUCUGGACAUCAUGAGUAUAAUGUCAUCCAGCAGUUAGCUGAGAACAAAAUAAUCACAUUUUAUAAAGGACAGUGAUGGUUGUGUAAUAUAAAACUGAUGUGUGUGUGUGUGUAUAUAAGACAAGUUUAAAAAUGAUUAAGUUUAAAAAACUGUCCCUAUUAGUGCACAUUGCCUUCAGAUCGUUGUAGCAUUUCACAUUUCCACAUUUCCUAGACCCUUCAUUAUUUCCUCAAUAGAAAAUAACACGAGUGAGACCUAGAGAAUGCUUCUCAGUGUAAGCUUUAACUAAUAUAAUGCAAAAAUUAUUGGUCAUUUCCUUUUAAUAAAAUACUGUGACAUGA